GUCAGGUAGAUGUUUGCCCUGUCAUUUUAGAGGCACUGAGCAGUUUACACACACUUAUAAGCAGAGUAAAGGAAAAUAUAAAUCAACAUACUGCUGUCAUUCAGUUUGAGCGAGGAUCUACUGGGCGCCACAGAAUGGUUCUUUCCCCUCAUCAUCUUCGUAGCCUUUUAGAACUUAACUUGUCCAUCCCAGCCAUUGCUAAAAUGUUGGGAAUGUCCAGAAGCACUGUAUUUCGACGUAUGGAGGAGUUCAACCUUUCUGUCAGGGCACUCUACAGCAGCAUGUCAGAUGCUGAGUUGGACCAGUGCAUUAGAGACAUAAAAUCCAGGCAGCCUCACUCUGGAUAUCGGAUGGUGAAGGCACUUCUUCAGGCCAGAGGACACAGAGUCCAAUACCACAGAGUUCGAGCAGCCAUGCACCGUGUUGACACAGCUGGUGUCGUGUCAAGGAUGGUUUCGUUAGGUUGCAUUGCUCGACGGGCUUAUUCUGUCCCAGGACCACAGUCUCUAAUGCAUAUUGACACAAACCAUAAACUGAUACGCUAUAACAUUGUCAUCUUCGGGGGUAUUGAUGGCUUUUCUCGCAAGAUUAUGUAUCUUGGAGCUGCCACCAAUAAUCUGGCCACAACAACACUGGCAUUCUUCCAAACAUCAGUAGAGAAGUUUGGUUUUCCUCUCAG